AUGGCUCGAAAGCUGCAUUGUGUGCGGCCGUCCGCGUCGUGGCUGCUCGUCGAGGCACUCGUUGAGGAAGUCGUCACGUUCCUCGUCGGUACCGAUGUCCGCGCCUUUGCGUGGGCGCUGCGCUCUCACCGCCCGACAAUGACCUUUGUGAUCUCGCCGACUCUCUGGACGCGGCUCUUGACGGGGCUCCUGCGACUGCCGGGGGUGCCAACGCCAACGAGCGUCCCGGCGCCGCGUCUGCUAACGACAUAUGCCACAGCAAUCGACCAUGCGACGUGGCUGCGAAAGCACGUGCAUGUCAUCCACGCGACGCUCGACGAUGUGGACGACGGCAGCAUGCAGACGCUGGUGUUUCCUACGACGGCCGGUCUGCGCCACCCGCCGCGGGGCUCGGCCGCAGCCGCCGCCCACGCGAUCGCCGGCGAGGCGUUUAUGGAUGCCGAGGUGCAGCGCGUGCACCGUCGUCCUCUGCUGCGGAACACUGCGUGGUCGACGUCGGGCGGCGUCUCGACGUUUUCUACGUUUCUUCAUGCGAUUGGACCGGCCACGGGCGACACCAACAAGCUGGAGCACCUCGCGGUGACGUAUGACAACGUGUGGGCCGAAGCAGCGGCACUGGUGGCGCGGACGGGACAGCCCCUCCGGCACGCCAUUGGUGUCUUGCCCAUUGGUAUGGGCCUCGCGCAGUGCCCUCUUGCCGCAGCAGCGACCCGCACGCUCGCGCAGCUCUCGAUCUCGGCGUUUGAAAUGCAUGCGCUCGUUGCUUCGACCUCGGUGACGUUCGUUUGCAAGGACAAGGCUGUCUUUGACGCCAUCGACGCUGCGCGACAAGCGCUGCUCCAGACGUAG